AUUACUGCGGGAAGAGAGAAAGAAAGAGAGAGAGAGAGAGAGAGAGAGAGAGAGAGAGAGAGAGAGAGAGAGAGAGAGAGAGAGAGAGAGGGGGAGGGAGGGAGAGGAAGAGAGAGAGAGAAAGAGAUUUAUACCGCGGAGGACCACCACGCGUGCUAUCGAGGAAACGCGUGACGAAGAGGGAGAGGAUAAUUUGAGAAAUAACUGUCUAGAAUCGUUAAAAUAAUGUUCCUGCGCAUCAGCGACGAUAGGCUGUUACGCUUCGGGCUACUGUUUCUGUUGUGGAUAGGCUCGAGUCGUCAACAAGAGGAGGACAUACCUCACAAUGAAGUGAAAAACUGGGCCUUAAAGUUUGGUGUGGAUCUAUGGGAGUUCGGUAAACAAGUAACCAAAAUGAGCGAGAUACAAAGGAAAUAUCAUGAGUUGGAGGCUAACGUUAUAAAGAGGGAUGGUCUCGUUCUCGUUCGGGAAAUGGCCAUGGAGGUGAAGAAUAUGAUGGACUUUAAAAUGAACGCCGUGAUGAGAUUGGUGGAGAGUGCUGAGCAAGCCGCUGUAUCAGCGCCGAGGGAAGGGAACGUAUCGCCUAAGUAUUAUGCCUCGCAUCGACUGAAUAAUUUCGUCAGCGAUGAGAAGGGCCCCGCGCAGGAGAUGUUUCUUGUGGCAAAUCGCCAUUUCGAUCAUUUAGCGGUAAACGUCAGUUUGUCUGCCGUGCUCCUGCCGAACGGAAUCAAAGAUAACGAGCGCGACGUUGCCUCGGGUAUUCAAUGGAGUGAAUACUUGGAUUUACUAUUUGUUAAUAAUUACGAGAGCGACCCUACACUAUCGUGGCAAUACUAUGGGGCAACGACAGGAUUUCUGCGUCGUUUUCCAGCGAUAUCGUGGCCGCCAAUGGAAGGUACACCUGGCAUGUCCAAAUCUUCGCGUCAUCGGGCCGUUCGUGACGUGUACGAUUUCAGGAUGUCCAAUUGGUUUGUUGGGGCGGCGAAUAGUCCGAAGGAUCUAGCGAUACUUAUCGAUAGCGCAACCUACACUUCUGAUCGAAAUCGACGACUGACGGUAGCCACGACAAAGGUCAUUCUAGAUACUCUAGGCCCGAACGACUACGUAAAUGUGUAUCGUUACGGUGAGACCGCCGAAGAGAUCGUGCAAUGCUUCAAAGACAGCCUAGUGCAGGCGUCGCCUGAAAACAUCCACGAAAUAAAGGCAGCCCUAAGCACUGUGAAGCACGAAGACACCGCGACUAACAUCUCGGCCGCGCUCAGCACCGCUUUUGAGAUCCUCCACAAGUAUAACCGCACUAGCCAGGGUAGCCAGUGCAAUCAGGCUAUUAUGCUGAUUACCGCCGAUACUGAUGGCCCGCCUACGGAGGUGAUCAAGCGGUAUAAUUGGCCGCACAUGCCCGUGCGGCUCUUUACCUAUCUCAUCGGUGGCGAUAAGAGUCCUGAUCUCCAGAAUACGGCUUGCACUAAUAAAGGAUUUUAUGCAAGAAUAACGAACACAGACGAGAUCCAUAAUAAAGUUUUUGAGUACGUGAAGGUUUUAGCGCGGCCUAUGGUGCUCUAUCAGCACGACCAUCCUCUUCACUGGAGUCCCGCUUACGUAGGUGGAAAGAGUAGUAGAUACGGUAGAGAAAAUCGGGGCCAGCUGAUGACGUCUGUAACAGCUCCGAUUUUAGAUCGCCGGAAUUACACGGUGAAAACGGCUAAUUUAUUGGGUAUUGUUGGUACUGACGUACCUGUCGAGGAGAUUCAGAAACUCGUGCCGCCUUACAAGUUAGGAGUUAAUGGAUAUUCGUUUAUUGUUGACAAUAAUGGCAGAGUUCUGUAUCAUCCUGACCUACGGCUUCUCCCUGGAAACACAGAAUAUGAUGAAACGUUGAAACCUUCGUAUAUAAGUGUAGAUUUAUCGGAAGUUGAACUCGCAGAAUAUGACGGCCCUUCGGCCCCCCCGAACAAUUCGUUCCUGUUUGAUCUGAGACGCGACAUGAUCGAUCAAAAGGAAGGAGAAACGGACUUCACAAUCAAAAUACAUUAUGACGAUAUGAAAAGAGUCACAAUUAGGCGGCAUAAUUAUUUUUACAAGCCGAUCGAGGGUACUCCGUUCUCCUUAGGCUUAGCUUUACCAGAGGGUUAUGGCAUGUUUGAAUUACGAGCCGAGCAAGAGAUCAAGCUCGCUAUUGUAAAUGUAACGGAGUAUUUUAAGGGGAGCAACUGGAAAGUGCAUCCCGAUUGGGUUUAUUGCGAAUAUAAUUCGGCUUCCGAUAAAUACUUCUCCUCCCCGGAAGAACGCGUCCUGCACUUCUUGGCACGGACGCGUAGACCGGGAUGGAAGUGGAUGUCCUUGAGACCAAGGAGUCCUAGCUCGCAUCAUAAACAAGCGAGCAAGGCAGAUAAAGAUUCUUAUUAUUGUGACAAGAAAUUAGUGCAGUCAUUGGUCUUGGACGCUUUGGUAACGGAUGGAUUUGAUAAAAAAGAGACACAAAGGAUGCAUAAAGAGAACGAAAACCCUAUUGCCAUACUGAUGGCUCUACUGCACAGUCAGGGCAGGGGUAGAUUUGGCGUGACCAGGAGUUUCAUCGCAACCAGAAGCGGACUUCUACGCUGGCAUGAGCAUCAGCAGAGUGAUGGAAACGCCGAGGAACCACUGUUUGCUGAAAAGUACGCGAGAGCUAUGGAUUCAUCGUGGUAUAAACGCGCAGUGGAUCAACACUCUAUUGAGCCGGAAAGUUUUGUAUUCAGCGUGUCAUUUGACGCGGCUGAUACCGUCGAUCCGAUCGUUACCGCCACGCAUGCAGUAUUUAUUGGAAAGGGUCAUAAAGCUCCAGCGGCGGUAGUAGGUCUGCAAUUUCAACAUCAAUCUUUGGCAACUCACUUCGUAAACAUCACUUCGACAUGUACUGGUAUGACGGGAUGUAAAAAGAAUUGCGCGUCGGAGGAACUCGAUUGUUAUAUUCUGGAUAACAAUGGAUUUAUUAUCAUAAGUGAACGCCACGAGCAUACCGGAAAAUUCUUUGGUGAAAUAGAUGGUACUAUAAUGGAUUCUUUGUGGCAAGAUAGGAUAUAUAGAAAAGUGACCGUCAUUGAUUAUCAAGGGACUUGUAGCCCUCAAGAAUCUCAUCAAUCGUCAGCGCCGCGGAGUCUGUCCGAUUCUAUCAUAACAACGGCGGCAGCGUUCGGCAAUUUUCUCUGGACUUUGACCUUGAGUUUUAAUAUUUGGGACUUUUGGCGAUCGACAUUGGUAUUUGCCAACGACGUAAUAGAUGAUGAUUUGGUGUUCACUGAUGACGAGGAGACGCAUGAUUUCGACUCACUGACACCUGCUGAUUCGAUGGAUGAUGUGACAUCAGAUGAAAAUAAUGUGUACAUGAGAUUUCCGGUGGUUGCACCAGCGACACCGGCUUCGCCACCAACUACGCGGGCCACCUCCUCUCAUUAUCCGAGAAAAUUGCGUGCCUGUGAGAAGAAAACGGAUUUGUAUAUUUUGCAGCCUGAACGACUCAACACGAGCAAUCCUUUGAAGGGAAAGCUCACUAAUUGCCACGUGAGCGGAUGCGAGAGACCAUUCAGCGUCCAAAAAAUCCAUCACACCAAUUUGAUACUGCUGGUAGUUGACACGCUAUGCCCGUGCGGCAACAAGCAACUCAGCAUCGAACCUAUCGAGGCGCUAACCGAACCUGGGGCAUGCACAGCAAGGAGGGAGCGUCUGUACAGACGAAGACCACCAAAAUGUAUAAACUACCACCCCGAAGAGAUGGAAAUCAAAUUCUGCGGUGGCGCUGGUAGUCUCUUUAGCUAUUCGUUGAGUUUUACAUUUCUCCUAUUGGUCGUUACAGUGCGGCUUGCGUGACUCUGUCGGAAUUAAUUAAUCGCAUGCGUAUUCAACAAGCGUGCAAACACGUAAAACACAUACAUACACAUAUACACACGUGUUUAUAAAUUACCUUUUUAAAAUGAAUUUAACAUUGUCGUUUUUAUGGAACAGUUAUAAAGAAAAAAAAAGAAGAGGAGGGAAGCAGUAUGCUAGGCUCGCGGAUUACUACUUGACACAAGGGUGGUAAAAUAUAUGUAUAUACCUAAUACAUAUAUACAUAUGCAUGUAUGU